ACUUGAUUUUAAACCAAGGGACAGCUAGCGUGGGCGGAACCUUCCGUUUGUCGCCCGUCCCCGCCCCUUCACGAUAAGAGGACUGCACCAAAGUAGCGAGCGAAUGCACCACUGACGCAUGCGCAAUAGCGUUAACAAUGUGGCUACGCAUUCAACGGUUAAACCAGCAGCGUUUCGUUUUAACCGCAAAAGACUGCUCCACCUUUGUCUCAGCAGUGUGUGUCCACCAGCUUCACACUAGUAGCACUGAACCUGCAUCCAGCAGCUACAAUGGCCUUUAUCCUGGACACAUCCACACCACCCCCAUUCAGAAAGCCUUGUUGGCUGUUGGGUCAGGGGUGGCUGCACUGCGUGACCCCUACAGACAUGACAUGGUUGCGGUGCUUGGAGAGGCGACAGGACACUUUGCUCUCAUAAACCUCAGGGACAGGAUGAGAAAUGACCCUGAAGGUUACACUAUUUUAACUGAAAGGCCGAGGAUCCGGCUGUCGACCAUCGAUGUAGCUAAGAUGGCCUCGCUGCCCGAAGGCUCUUUUGGGAGAGAAUACGUCCGUUUUCUGGAGGACAAUCAUGUGACCCCUGACUCAAGGGCAGACGUGAAAUUUGUGGAUGACGAGGAGCUAGCCUACGUCAUGCUAAGAUACAGAGAGGUCCACGAUUUGAUGCACACCUUACUGGGGAUGCCCACCAACAUGCUGGGCGAGGUGGCAGUGAAAUGGUUCGAAGCUGCUCAGACGGGGCUCCCCAUGUGUGCUUUUGGAGCUGCCUUGGGGCCCCUUCGACUGAAUGCAAGACGCUUACAGACUCUGGUCACGUCUUUGGGUCCUUGGGCUCUGAGGAACGGUCUGCGCGCUCGCUUUGUCCUCAAUAUCUUCUAUGAGCGACGAUGGGAGCAGAGCCUGGAAGACCUCCGACAAGAGCUCAAUAUUGAGCCGCCUCCUGUGAUUCUCAGUGCUGCCAAGAAGAUGAGCACCUGAAAAAAAGCCAAAUAAAAUGACUGGUUCGAGAAUCGUUGGACAGAAGGCUUGUGGACAAUCCAGAAACAUUUGAAGUGUGAAGUGUGUACUUGCUGAGUAGGAAAUGGGGAAAUUUCACCAUUGGCAAAGCUUGACUUGUCCCUCAUUGCAUCCUAACUUUAUGAUGCUGCUGGGCGGCAGGUCUAAAUUAAGCUCAGUUUCCCUCUGCUGUUCAGAAUCUGAUGUGUAUAAUUGUAUUAAUGACCAAAAAUAAAUGUAAAAUCUAAAUAAUGUCUGCUAUUAAGGACUAACUGGUUCCUGUUAUCAGUUUGGACAUUACUGAUAUUAAUGCAGUGUCCGUAUGUUCAAGCCAAUGUUUGGCUAAAUGUUAAAGUGGUGAUUUUGUGACCAUUUAAAAAAAUUUAAUCCAGCUGUGAAAUUAUUGAGAAACCGAAUGAGGAGCAUCGCUGCUGCAUGUGUUGACCCUUUGAUCGUACAGUACAGCAGCCUCUUUUUACUGUAAUAAUGAUGUCAGCAAGAAGUACGAUUCAGUUCAGUGGUAGAAGAUGAACAAAUCCAAAAAAUAGCCUGGUUUUUCUCAUUAAAAGUACUUUUCUGGUAUCACAAGUUUGUUUUUUGUUUUCUUUAAAUGUCUAGAUAAUUCGUUCAUUUGCUCAGUUAAAGAAAUAUUCUAUUCAUUAAACUUAAGUGCUAUGGAUACAAGACACAACUAACUUUACUCACAUUGUUUUGUGGAUAUGAUGGUUACAUGUGAGAAAUGAAUUAAGGAGUAGAAACCUAAUUUUCACAUAUAGCCAGUUAACAGGUCAACAUAGUGCUUGAGUUCUUUUUGUGCUAAAUCUCAUUUUAUGCACACUAGUUAGAAAUCUGAAUGGCUUUUAGAGAAAGAUGUUUAUAUAGAAACUAUGACACUUGCAUCAAUUGCUCCAUCCCGGAAAAUCCACCUUUUAUGUGUUGAUUUGUAACUUAAAUAUCCAUUAAUUUCACAUCCUCAUAGUGUUUACUUGACAGCGUUUAUGUGCAAAGCACACAGGAGGAAUAACAGACAAAAUAAAGUGUUAAAUUUG